GGCAGCCAAGAGAAGCUGGCUGCCUCUCGGUCUCCCAGGAGCCGCCCUCCCACAGAGGAAGCCUCUCCAGCUGUUGCAGCGCCGAGGUAACGGUGCAUCUGGCAGGCGCUUAAAGAGGUGCGAGGCGGAGAGUAGGGAAAGCCGCCGGCGAGGCAGAGGGCGAGGCGCGAGCAAACUUUCUUCUAGCUGUUUCUGCUUGCGUCGGCGAGCCUUGGGGUGGGAGUGCCUCUUUCUGGCCAGGAGGAGCUGCAAGUGCCAAAGAGCCCGGACGCUAUAAAGGAGGCGCUUCCCUGCUGGGCACUGGAAGACAGGCGUAGCUUUUGAGGCUUUUCCCUCUUCAAACGUAAAGUGGGCAAGGAACGAGCUGUCAGCAGUUCUGCAGGAGAAGAUCUAAUCGCAGACCAUAAAAGUCCUUGUGACAGUAUGAUCCUAAGCAGACUUGCACCCUUCUAAGCCCAUUAACUUCAAUUCACCUAGAAGGGUGUAAAGAUUUAAAGUCAUACUUACUACACUGUCCCUACAUGAGUAAUAUCCUGUUGGCGGAUGCCUUUGUGUACACUGGUGUGUUAAAACAAAGAGAGUGUCUUGCCAGUUCUUGGAAGGAAAAUAUGGGAAACAUAUUAGAAAACUGCAGCUAUAAUUGAAAGAGAAAGUGGAAUCACCAGUUUCAGCAAGAUUUAUUAAAAAACCAAAAUUGGCUGAUAACUGUGGAAGGCAAACUUUUAAAAAGAGCUGGAAGAUAAUAUAUAAAAAGUCAGACGGGAAUUCAUUGGUUUUGCAGCACGUGCUAGACCUGAUGGAUACCAUAGAGACAGCAAACCUGGAGGAGCACAUGGAAGGCCAGAACAAUGAAACUUCAAAUGGUUAUGCACGAUCUGCUCUCACAGUCAGUGAGGAAAACAAAAACAGCAACAGCAAAACAAAAGGAUUACCCAAUGGCUUGCGGAAGGGCACCAAGACGUACCCAGACUAUAUUCAGAUUUCUAUGCCUGCUGAAUCUAGAAACAAAUUUCCUUUGGAGUGGUGGAAAACUGGCAUUGCCUUUGUAUACGCUCUCUUCAGUUUAGUUCUAACAUCUGUUAUGAUUACAGUAGUUCAUGAGAGGGUACCUCCCAAGGAACUUAGUCCUCCAUUGCCAGAUAAGUUUUUUGAUUACAUUGAUCGUGUGAAAUGGGCUAUUUUUGUAUCAGAAAUAAAUGGAAUAAUACUAGUUGGAUUAUGGAUAAUCCAGUGUCUGUUUCUUAGAUACAAAUCAAUAGUGGGAAGAAGGUUCUUUUUCAUAUUGGGAACUCUGUACCUCUACCGCUGUAUUACCAUGUAUGUUACCACCCUUCCAGUGCCUGGAAUGCAUUUUCAGUGUGCCCCAAAGCUAAAUGGAGAUUCUCAAGCGAAGGUUCAGCGGAUCCUGCGACUAGUUUCCGGUGGUGGAUUAUCCAUAACAGGCUCGCAUGUCUUAUGCGGAGAUUUCCUGUUCAGUGGUCACACUGUAUCGCUAACUCUCACCUAUCUAUUUAUCAAGGAAUAUUCUCCUCGUCACUUUUGGUGGUAUCACUUGAUCUGCUGGUUGAUGAGUGCUGCUGGAAUAAUCUGCAUUCUGGUAGGACAUGAACACUACACUGUGGAUGUCAUCAUAGCUUACUAUAUCACCACAAGGCUCUUCUGGUGGUACCAUUCAAUGGCUAAUGAAAAGAACUUGAAAGUCACUUCACAAACGAACUUUCUCUCUCGAGUAUGGUGGUUUCCAGUAUUCCAUUUCUUUGAGAAGAAUGUACAAGGCUCAGUUCCUUGCUGUUUCUCAUGGCCAAUAUCUUGGCCCCCUAGCUGCUUCAAGUCUUCAUGUAAGAAUUAUUCCCGGGUUCAGAAGACAGGAGAGGACAAUGAAAAAUCCACCUGAAGAAAAUGAAGGCGGCAAGAAAAUGGAUCUGCUUUUUACCUUCUUACCAAAACACUUGUGCUAUAACCAAAGUUCUUAAGGGGAUUAUAUUGUUAACUGAAGAAGUGGACCAAAUGUUGUGCAAUUUGAUUUGAGAAAAAGACAACUGUAGACUUUUUUUUUAAAAGUCCGUUUGGUAUGUUUUUCUAGUCAGAUUGUACAGUUCCAUCCUACUCUUCAGUGCUAGUAGACACUGGCGCUCAGUAAUGCUCUGGUGCCAACAGAAUACUUCCUGAGGAGAAAAGGAGCCAGGACUUUGGUUUCUUAAUGAGAUUAAGAGGUGCCAAAGAACACACUGCGCCAUCUGUUGUUAAAUGUCACUUAUCCACAGAAGCAUCAAAACAAAAUAACUGCUUCAGGGUGCUGAAGUUUGAGCGAAACCAUAGUAAAGGUAUGUUAAAGGCAUAACCCUGGUCUCUCUCUAUCUGUUUAGGGAGAGUAACCAAAAUCAGCAGGCAGUGGUUUUUACUAUUCCCACUAGUGAAGGCAAGAUCUUGUGCACGUGACUGAUGGAAACCAGAAGUGACCCUUGAUAUUUUUAUAUUGUUUACAGGAAUGAAUUUAUUAUGACCCUGUAAUACCAUCACAACUUCCAAUUAUUUUGUUUACCCUCGACUGACUUUUACAUUUUUUUUAAUAAGCGAUAAUUUUAUAUGUGAAAAUAAAAAAGCUAUUUUACCUGAUGAUACUGUAGGUUAGAAACAAUGUCUGCUAACAUCAUCUAGCUUCUACAAGGAGAAAAGUAAUUUUAUUGUUAAAAUACAUAGAUGUCAAAUGAGAUAAUUAUUUAUGUUUCUGCUGGUUAGUUAGCUUGCAGAAUGUGAAUACAUGCCAUGUGCAUAAUACCAUUAGAAUGUGUGUAUAUGUAUGUAUAUGUUACAGUGAAUGCACAAAAUAAGACUCUGCAGCUGAAAAAGAAUGUUGACAAUCCCCCUUCCACAGCUACUGAAACAACUAGUUUACCACUGAAUGUUGCCUAAUGGUCAUGUCUACAUUUACAAGUAUAAUCCCAUACAUUUGAUAUUUUCACCAGAUUCCUGUAGGAUUGUCUACACCUUUGUGAUCGUCACUGUAGCCUAUAUGCACAUGACCAUACCUUUACACAUCGUGAGGACCUAGCUCAUUCCUUCUACAUCCAGCCUUGCAGAUCCUCUAGCUGCUCUCCUGUUAAAGGGAGCCCUGCCAGGCUAGAGACUGAGAUAAGGAGAAGGCUCCCUCUCAUCCUUGGCUUCCUCUACCUUCCCUGUAGCAAGCCACUCACACAGAGACUUGCCUCCAGGCCUCUUUUCCCCAGCGGUUACUUGGGGUCUGCCUUAAAUACACUGGAGCAGCCUUCACAUACUCAAACCCACAGGCACUUGGGCAUCUUUUUUCUAGCUCGUGAAAUCCCGGGGCUCCGUCUUUUCAAGCUGUGCCAUGGUGAUAGCCUUGGCCCCUCUGAUUCCUUGCUGGCCCGAUCUAGAACCCACCACCCUGGCUCUAGCGGAGUUUCCUGUAUUUAAUUGUUGGUCUUGUGGCCGCUUGUUGCCACACUGCGGUUUUACAAGUGUCGGUAAGUCUGCCACACACAUAAGCAUUAGAAAAUUAUUUUAGCUCAUAUACCACAUAAUGGCAGUGGGAGCAAAAUCCCCACUGAUUCCUAUUCACUGGCUUUGGUUUUGCGUAGACAGGCUUGCCAAAAGGAUUGUUUUGAAUGCUUGAGUAGGAAUGUUGCCAUUUUUGCAAAAGAAAAAAAAAUGUAAUGUUGAGCCUGAGAGCCAGAUGUGAUGUAUUUACAGAUGACCAUCACUUUUGUUUUCUGUUGGGAUUAAUUUUAAUUGUUCCAAUACUGAUGCCAAGGCUAUUCACUGCAAUUGGUGUGUUUACUUCACUAUUAUUAAAUGGUCAGGUGGCCAAUCUGCUACUUU